AUGUUGGAGCGUCGCGUUGACAAGAAGAUUAUUCACAGGCUAGUCGGUUACCAGAAUCGCUACACUAAGGCUAAAGAGCUUGGUAUCAGGCCCCGAAUGAUACCCAUCAACUUUAUAUUCUCGGGAUCUCUGGAACGGGAAAAACCACGCCAAAAACCCGAAGAAUCCUGGAAACAGCCCGUGGGUCGAGUGCUGUUUAUCGACGAAGCAUAUCGUCAUAUAUACGGCCAGUACGCUGCCGAAGCCCUGGACGAGCUGAUUCACUUUCUCUCCCAGGAGUCGCACCUGGGCAGCAUGAUUGUCAUUCUUGCCGGCUACACGGCAGACAUGAACUGCUUACUGUCAGCGAGGCCCGAGCUCUCACCCUACAUAUGUUAA